UUCUCCUUCCAACCAACCAAUAUCAUCCUUACUAUCUAAAAAUACUCCAGAAAGCUCAAGAGUCAAAAGUCCAUGGAUCAGAAAAAAGAGCUUUGAAGGAAAGUGAUUCUCCCUCCAGGUCUGCAGGGUAUGAUCUGCCAUAUGUAUCUGAUAAGAAAGAGAAGUUUAAAAUGGUGAUUGGUAAAUCCAAGAAGGAAAUGCAGGACUCCCUGACCAAAACUUCAGAGCAAGAGGUUGGAGUCAAUGUGGACGCUGCUGCUGCUGCCGCUAUCCUUCACGCAGCCACUAGAGGUAUCAAGAAUCCCAAUUUGAAUAUCAUCUCAGGCUCAUCUAAGAAUGGUGAUAGUCAGGGUCACAGCAGUGAGGGUGGCCAAGCCUCAAGUUUCCUCAAUGUCCCUCCAUUUAGUCAGAGGUCUGACCAGAGGAUGAAAAAUAGUGUUUCGAUUCCAAAGGCGAAGGAAAUCGCGAAGUCUGCUGCUGCAGAAGCUGCGAGUGAGGCAGACUCCUCUGAAGCACACUUGAGCAAAGAGCAGAAGCUGAAAGCAGAGAGGCUGAGAAGGGCAAAGAUGUUUGUGGCCCUGAUAAAAGGUGGAGCAGCUCCUGUGAAAAGAGAUUCUUCACAUGGAGGGUCAGUGGAACCACAGGAAUCUGCCUUGUCAGGUUCCGGCACAGAGGUUAAUGCUGCUACUAGAGAAAGAGAAGGCAGUGCAGCACCGUCAGAAUUGACUGCUCUAGGGAGAGAAGGCAGUGCAGCUCUGUCAGAACUGACUGCUCUAGAGAGAGAAGAGAAUGAGCGGCGAUCAAGAAGGAAAUACCGGUCAAGAUCUGAUAGACCCGAAGAGGAGGAUGAAGAGGAAGAGGGAGAGGAGGAGCAGCGGUCCAGAAAGAAGCACCGCUCUUCAAGAGAAGAUGAAGAGGAAGAAAGUGGAGAUGUAAGGGAUGAUCGACGAUCCAAAAAAAAGAAGCAUUCACGACGUCAUAGACACAAAGAUGGUGGCAAUGCAUAUGAGGAUGAAGAUGAUGAAGAUAAACGAUCAAGAAAGAAGCACCGCAGACGGCAUUCCUCUCCUGAAUAUGAUAGUGAUGAAGAUGAUAAACGAUCAAGAAAGAAGCACCGCAGACGGCAUUCCUCUCCUGAAUAUGAUAGUGAUGAAGAUGAUAAACGAUCAAGAAAGAAGCACCGCAGACGGCAUUCAUCCCCUGAAUAUGAUGAUGAUGAUGAUGAUGAGCGAAGAGAUGCUGAGAGACAUCAUAAGCAUGGAAGGAAAAAGCAUUCAAGUCAUCGGCCUUCACGUGAAAAUAAGAAAGAUGAUUAUGAAGAGGAUUAUAAUCAUUCCAAGAAGAAAGAUAGAUCUCAUAGAACCUCCCACCGGAGUAGAGAUAGACGCAAACACAUGAUAAAGCAUUCCAGUGAUGAUGAGUCUGAACAUGAGCAUAAGCGCCCAAACUCUUCAGAUAAUGAAAAGCAGCACUAUGGCAGGGCCGAUAAGAUUGUAAAGGGGACCAAAGAAAGAGAAGAACUGGCCAAAGAAAGAGAAGAACUGGAAGAGGGUGAGAUCGGUACCAAAGUGUCAGAUCAAUCAAGAGGAAGUCUGCGAGGUUCCGUCAGCAGAGAAGCUUCAGUGGAUGUAUCUAGUUCCCAUCAAAGAGCCGCAUCUCAGCAUUCUGAAUCUACUGAGAUAUCAGAUGAUCUUAGGGCCAAAAUCCGUGCAAUGUUAAUGGCAACUAGGAAGUAG